CGUUAAUGACAUUUUAUGUUCUAUCAAGAUCGACACUGCUAUAGUGAAGAUUCUCUUUAAUUCAUAACUGCAAAAUAUUGCUUUGUUUUUUUCUGGGACAUACAAUUAUGAGGCUACAUUUCAAAACUACAACUAUUUUGCUACUACUCCUUUUCGCAGUAGUAGUGCAAUGUGGAACAGUAGAAGACGAUCCCCACCACCAGCCACAAUUUGACCCUGCUGAAGAGAAACCAGAGAAAAUUGAAAUAAAAGCAGAACCUUCCGUAACAUCGAGAGGAGCCCUUGGUCAAGGAUUUGAAAUCCAUAAAGAAGAUUUACUAACCAAGCAAUUCAAAGGAACGGGAGCAAAGAUCUUCGAGGACCUUCCAAUGGACGAAUGUACAAAAACUGAUAAACUCGGUGCUAUCCAAAAGGAUGAUUCAUUCUAUAGCAGUACUGAGUCCCUUUACAAUUCCAUUUCUACCAAUACUAAGGUCAGUGGGAGCCUAAAAGGUACAUACACUCUUGGUGCAUCCGUGGACGCCGUUACAAACAACAUUGCCUCAUCAGAAACCGAAGUUCAAGGUCUGUCGCUUAAUAUCAGAGCUUAUAGCUUGUCAUCUGCGCUCAAGAAAGACUGCAUUAACAAGAAAUCCUUGGUAAAAGAUCUCGUGGAAGCCUUUGAAGCUCUCCCCAGUAAGGUUGAUCAACCCUGGAAGAUUACCUCUUGGAAACAAUACAAGGUAUUUUUGUCGAAGUACGGAUCCCAUUUUGUUAAAGAAUCGAUCUCAGGGUCCAGUAUCUAUCAAUAUGUGUUUGCCAAAUCCGACAAGAAGUUUAGCCAGAAAGACUUCACUGUSAAGGCCUGUGUGUCAUUAGCUGGUCCAACGCAAGCAGGAAAAGCAGAAGUUUCUGCUUGUGCGGGAGUGACUAAAAAGGACAUAGAGAAAUCCUCCUCACAAUCGAUGACAAAGAAGCUAGUCGUUCGAGGUGGUAAAUUGGAGACAAGGGCAGAAUUGACGGGUGAACUUAAAGCAGAGCAGAUCAAGAAGUUUUUGAAGGAAGCAGAAACCGACCCGUCGCCUAUUCAAUACUACUUUUAUCCAAUAUGGGAGCUUUUGAAAGUCAGGUAUGUUGGAAAGGAGCAAUACGCUAAAGCAGCUAAUUUGGAGCAGUUUUACAAAGGCUUUCUCCAUUUUGGCUGCACCUACAAAAAAACCAGCAACGGUAAAGAAAUCCAGAAAUUCGACCUUGCUGAAGAGAGCGACCCAGAAUCCCCAACGUACGUAUGCAAGCUUGGUCCAGAAGGAUGUCAUGUUGACGAUGACUGCCAUUAUAAAGAUGCCUUCUGGUGCGCAUGCUAUGGUGAUUCUUGUUUACGAUACAAAGACACUCAACUCAAGGCUGGAGGGAUCAAGAAAGAGGCUUAUGCUUACAAAUCAGGCACUAGAUGGGGAUGGCAAGGAUGCCAGCGUAAAGUUUUUAGCUGUUAUUGUUCAGAUCCGAGGAAGAACUGGGAGACAUCCUGGCGAGGAGAAGAUCUCGACAACGCACUAAGAGAUGUCCACUCGAUGUUGUUGGAGAAGAACCGCCGUGAYCAAGCMAAACGUCAUCGCCUGCAUCGYUAAGCUUAAUUCAUCAAUCAGUAUUGAAGCAUGUUGAUGCUAAAAGGCAAUGUAAAGUAAAGGAAUUAAUUGCAUGAAAUAAACGUAGACAUCAAUACAAUGAGUCGAAAAUUAUGGUCGCUCUGUGAAGUAAUCAUAAAUUUAGGGAAUAGUUCACACAUUUCUUUUAAAAGGGAAUAUUUGAACRCUUUUUAUAUAUGUCCACUACAACAUGUAAUAAAAAAAUCUGAUUUUGCUAUUCAAAA